AUGAACCUGAACCUGAACCUGUGGUGGCUGAUCCAGGUGGUCUCUGCAAGGCUAGGAAUAGCUUGUGCAAUCUUGAAAGAGAAGGUUUUGUUGAAUCAUCACCAGCACGGGCUUGUAAUAUCUGCUGCAAAGAGCCUGGUUUCUGUCGUGAGUGCUGCUGCCUUCUCUGUAACAAAACCAUUGACUAUUCUUUGGAGGUUACAGCUUCAUAAAAUGCUCUGUGAUAACAAAAUCAACUUAAUGACGCAUGUGGAGAAACUCAUGGAAACGUGCCAAUCUCUUGAAUCAAGGGAUGAAAUCGAACCUAUGCUGAAUUUGGGCUUAUGCCUCUUGCGUGGCUCAAAACAAAAGAGAGCAAGAAGCUUGGAGAACCAUAUGAGAUCAGCAGUGGAAAAGCUGGAAUGUGGAUUUGACCUUGUUGAAGUCUGGAAAUUGGAAGGUGACGAGGGCAGGGCAACACUCAGUGCAGGAGAGAAUUCCCCACCUACCAGUGGUGUGACUGUGCUUGGGGCUCAGCAAGUUCCUGAAGCGGGUGCACUUACAGGGCAUCCUGAUCUGAUAGAUCCACUGGGUGAUAAUGACUUUGAAACGGAUAUAGAAAAUCUUCCAGUGUUCAUUACUGGAGAUCAGAAUGUUGCGUCUGCCAAAUUUGAGGAUGAGAUAGAUCUUGCUCUUCAAGAACUGAAGAAAUCUCAGGAAAUGGAAUAUAACUUGGCAGAGCAGAAGCUUUACGCUCAGAAAGACCGCAUCCUCUGUCUGUACAGGCAGCUUGGUAUUGAAAGGGCUCAGCUUGCAGAUCCCAUGCCCUUGUCUGAUGCUUCAAAUUAUGGCGCAAUGCUCGCUAAUGUUCUACGCCAUGUGGACCAAAUCAAGCGUGAGGAGGAGAAAUUUAAGUCCAUGCUGAAAGUUGCUGGUGGAUUUGCGAAAGCACCACAAAGCGUCAUCAAGGAGCUGUUUGGGUUACCUGCUGAUAAGUAG